AAAGAAAAAAAAGAAGAAAGUCCAUCCUUACAUAGAUCGGACACCGCCAAGAUCGGGUCGAUUCGUUCUUGCAGCCCGUUAUCUUCGUUUGGUUUUCUGUCUUUUUUGUCAUGCUGUUCAGAUCGUUAGGGAUUUGAGAUCUUUUCGAGCUUGAAUCUGUGGGGGAAUUCGAAUCCUGAUCCUCCGGUAUGGCUAGGGUUUAUGAUAAUUGGGACAGGCUCGUUCGAGCCACUUUGAAGAGAGAGCAGCUGAGACAUGCUGGACACGAGCGUAAGCCUAGCGGACUCGCCGGAGCUGUCCCGCCGUCGCUCGGACGCGCCACCAACAUCGACGCCAUCUUACAAGCUGCCGAUGAGAUUCAGUCGGAGGAUCCAAAUGUCGCCAGAAUUCUAUGUGAACAGGCAUACUCUAUGGCACAGAACCUCGACCCUAACAGUGAUGGUAGAGGUGUCCUUCAGUUCAAAACUGGUUUGAUGUCUGUGAUUAAGCAAAAACUUGCUAAAAGAGAUGGAGCUCCAAUAGAUCGCAAUCGUGAUAUUGAACGGCUUUGGGAAUUUUACCAACUUUAUAAAAGGCGACAUCGAGUUGACGAUAUCCAACGAGAAGAGCAGAAGUGGAGGGAAUCUGGAACUUUUUCUUCGAAUGUGGGGGAGAUCUUGAAGAUGAGGAAGGUCUUCGCUACUUUGAGAGCCUUAAUUGAGGUCUUGGAAGCUCUUAGCAAAGAUGCAGAUCCAGAAGGCGUUGGAAGGUCUAUUAGGGAGGAGCUACGGCGAAUUAAAAAGGCUGAUGCAACCUUGUCUGCGGAACUAACUCCUUACAACAUUGUUCCGCUAGAAGCGCCGUCAAUGACCAAUGCAAUAGGUGUUUUCCCUGAGGUGCGUGGUGCAAUACACGCAAUCAGAUAUACUGAAAACUUCCCUAGACUUCCUGAUGAUUUUGAGAUUUCUGGACAAAGGGAUGCCGAUAUGUUUGAUCUGUUGGAGUACGUCUUUGGGUUUCAGAAAGACAACGUAAGAAACCAACGGGAGCAUUUGGUUCUCACACUUGCAAAUGCACAAUCUCGGCUUAACAUACCUGGACAGAAUGAUCCAAAAGUCGAUGAGAAAGCGAUCAAUGAGGUUUUCUUGAAGGUUUUGGAAAAUUAUAUCAAGUGGUGCAAGUACUUGGGGACGCGCCUGGUGUAUAAUAAGUUAGAAGCGAUCAACAGGGACAGGAAACUGUUUCUUGUUUCCUUGUACUUUCUCAUUUGGGGUGAAGCUGCUAAUGUCCGGUUUCUUCCAGAGUGUAUCUGCUAUAUUUUUCACAAUAUGGCGAAGGAGUUGGAUGCAAAAUUGGACCAUCCAGAAGCUAUCCAUGCUGACAGUUACUUAACCGAGGGCGGUUCGGUAUCAUUUCUCGAGCAAGUUAUCUGUCCUAUCUACAAAGCAAUAUCAGCGGAAGCUGAUCGAAACAAUAAUGGAAAAGCUGCACAUUCUGAAUGGCGGAAUUAUGACGAUUUCAAUGAAUACUUUUGGUCACCUGCUUGCUUUGAGUUAGGAUGGCCUAUGAAAAGCAGUUCACCUUUCCUAAUGAAGCCGAAAGGGCGAAAAAGGACGGGUAAAAGCAGUUUUGUCGAGCAUCGAACAUUCCUUCACUUAUACCGAAGUUUUCAUCGACUGUGGAUCUUCCUGGCGAUAAUGUUCCAGGUUUUGACCAUUAUAGCCUUCAGAAAGGAGCGUCUCAGUGUAGAUACUUUCAAGAUAUUACUCAGUGCUGGGCCCACAUAUGCUAUUAUGAACUUCAUUGAGUGUUUUCUUGAUGUCAUGCUUAUGUUUGGUGCCUACAGCAUGGCAAGAGGCAUGGCUAUAUCCAGGUUGAUUAUCAGGUUUUUCUGGUGGGCCUUGAGUUCAGUAUUUGUGGUGUAUGUUUAUGUGAAGGUUCUGCAAGAAAGAUAUAAUCGAAACUCAAAUGACCUAUACUUCCGUAUAUACGUUCUUGCACUGGGUUCCUAUGCUGCCGUUCGCCUCUUCUUUGGACUUUUAGUCAAAAUUCCAGCAUGCCAUACUUUGUCAGAAAUGUCGGAUCAAUCAUUUUUCCAGUUUUUUAAGUGGAUCUAUCAGGAAAGAUACUUUGUUGGACGCGGUCUCUUCGAGAAAAUAAGUGAUUAUUGCAGGUAUGUGAUGUUCUGGGUUGUUGUCCUGGCCUCCAAGUUUGCAUUUGCCUACUUUCUCCAGAUUAAACCUCUUGUUAAACCCACCAAUACUAUCAUCGAUCUCCGUCCCUUUCCAUAUUCAUGGCAUGAUUUGAUCUCAAAGAGCAACAAUCAUGCCUUGACCCUCGUUAGCUUGUGGGCUCCAGUUAUAGCGAUAUAUCUUAUGGACAUUCAUAUCUGGUACACGGUCUUGUCAGCAAUCAUUGGUGGCGUGAUGGGUGCAAAAGCUCGCCUAGGCGAGAUACGCUCCAUCGAGAUGGUCCAUAAACGUUUUGAGAGUUUCCCCGAAGCUUUUGCUAAGAACCUUGCCUCACCAGCAGUGAAAAGGGCGCCAUUCGACCGACAUGCCUCUCAGGAUUCUCAGGAUAUGAACAAGGCCUAUGCUGCAAUGUUUUCCCCAUUUUGGAAUGAGAUAAUUAAAAGCUUGAGAGAGGAAGAUUAUAUCAGUAACAGGGAGAUGGACUUGCUUUCAAUUCCCAGCAACACAGGGAGUCUAAGACUAGUACAGUGGCCCUUGUUUCUCCUGUGCAGUAAGAUCUUGGUGGCCAUUGAUUUAGCCAUGGAGUGUAAAGAAACACAGGAAGAUCUCUGGAGUCAGAUAUGUGAGGACGAAUACAUGGCAUAUGCCGUUCAGGAGUGCUAUUACAGUGUUGAAAAAAUUUUGAAUUCUGUGGUUGAUGGUGAAGGGAGACGUUGGGUUGAAAGGAUUUUUCGGGAGAUUAGCAACAGUAUACAAGAGGGUUCCCUUGUUAUAACCUUAAAUCUGAAGAAACUUCAGUUGGUGGUUUCUAGAUUUACAGCAUUGACUGGGCUUUUGAUACGAAAUGAAACUCCAGAUCUUGCAAAAGGAGCCGCAAAAGCUAUGUUUGAUUUCUAUGAGGUGGUCACACAUGACCUUCUUUCUCAUGAUUUAAGGGAGCAGUUUGACACAUGGGGCAUUCUGGCAAGGGCUCGAAAUGAAGGUCGUCUCUUCUCUAGGAUAGAGUGGCCCAGGGACCCAGAAAUUAAAGAGCAGGUCAAGAGGUUGCAUCUUCUUCUUUCGGUGAAAGAUGCUGCUGCCAACAUCCCAAAGAAUCUUGAAGCAAGGAGAAGAUUGGAGUUUUUUACAAAUUCUUUAUUUAUGGAUAUGCCCCCAGCAAAGCCCGUUUCUGAAAUGAUACCAUUCUGUGUCUUUACCCCAUACUACAGCGAGACUGUACUAUAUAGCUCCUCAGAGUUGCGGGUUGAGAAUGAGGAUGGGAUAUCUAUUCUCUUUUAUCUUCAAAAGAUAUAUCCUGAUGAAUGGGAAAACUUUUUGGAGCGGAUUGGUAGAGCUGAUUCAACAGGGGAUGCGGAUCUUCAAGAAAGUUCUACUGAUGCUUUGGAGCUUCGGUUUUGGGUAUCGUACCGUGGACAGACUUUAGCAAGGACUGUGCGAGGUAUGAUGUAUUACCGAAGGGCUUUGAUGCUCCAGAGUUUCUUAGAAAGACGAGGCUUGGGAGUGGAUGAUAACUCUCUCACAAAUUCGCCCCGAGGGUUUGAAUUGUCACUCGAAGCACGAGCUCAAGCAGACCUCAAAUUUACAUAUGUCGUUUCAUGCCAAAUUUAUGGACAGCAGAAACAGCGUAAGACUCCAGAAGCUGCUGAUAUUGCGCUUUUGUUGCAAAGGAAUGAAGCUCUUCGAGUUGCCUUCAUACACUCGGAGGAUAGCACAGCGGUUGAAGGGAAAAAGGAAUUCUAUUCUAAGCUAGUUAAAGCUGACAUUCAUGGAAAAGAUCAGGAAAUAUAUUCAAUUAAACUUCCUGGAGAUCCCAAACUUGGAGAAGGAAAGCCCGAGAAUCAAAAUCACGCCAUUAUUUUCACCCGCGGAGAAGCUAUCCAGACCAUCGAUAUGAAUCAGGAUAACUAUCUGGAGGAGGCAAUAAAAAUGAGAAAUCUACUUGAGGAAUUUCAUGGAAAACAUGGAAUUCGUCCUCCUACUAUCCUGGGAGUUAGGGAGCAUGUUUUUACUGGAAGUGUUUCAUCAUUGGCGUGGUUCAUGUCUAAUCAAGAAACCAGUUUUGUGACCUUGGGUCAACGUGUUUUAGCAUAUCCGCUUAAAGUCCGAAUGCACUAUGGGCAUCCAGAUGUGUUUGAUAGAAUAUUUCACAUCACUCGUGGCGGCAUCAGUAAAGCAUCCCGUGUAAUUAAUAUCAGUGAAGAUAUUUAUGCUGGGUUUAAUUCCACUCUCAGGCAGGGAAAUGUCACCCACCACGAGUAUAUCCAGGUUGGAAAAGGAAGAGAUGUCGGACUAAAUCAGAUUGCUCUAUUUGAAGGAAAAGUAGCAGGUGGAAACGGGGAACAAGUUCUUAGUAGGGAUGUUUACAGGCUUGGGCAGCUGUUUGACUUCUUUAGGAUGCUAUCUUACUACUUCACAACAGUUGGAUUCUAUGUUUGCACAAUGAUGACAGUCCUCACAGUGUACGUCUUUCUGUAUGGGAGAGUGUACCUGGCUUUUUCUGGCGCUGACCGUGCAAUCGCACGGGUAGCCAGGCUAUCAGGUAACACUGCAUUGGAUGCAGCUCUGAAUGCACAAUUUUUGGUCCAAAUUGGAGUCUUCACUGCAGUCCCUAUGGUUAUGGGUUUCAUACUUGAACUCGGGUUGCUGAAGGCUAUUUUCAGCUUCAUUACAAUGCAAUUUCAGCUGUGUUCUGUCUUCUUCACAUUUUCACUCGGAACAAGGACUCAUUAUUUUGGCCGUACUAUCCUCCAUGGUGGCGCAAAGUAUCGGGCGACUGGAAGAGGCUUUGUGGUUCGCCAUAUCAAGUUUGCUGAAAACUACAGACUUUAUUCUAGAAGUCAUUUUGUCAAAGCGCUUGAAGUUGCUUUGCUACUGAUAGUUUACAUUGCCUAUGGGUAUACAGAUGGGGGUGCUGUCUCCUUUGUUUUGCUAACUGUCAGCAGUUGGUUCCUUGUUAUAUCCUGGCUGUUUGCUCCCUAUAUUUUCAACCCUUCUGGUUUCGAAUGGCAAAAGACUGUCGAGGACUUUGAGGAUUGGAUCAACUGGCUUAUGUACAAAGGUGGGGUUGGAGUAAAGGGAGACAACAGUUGGGAGUCUUGGUGGGACGAAGAACAGAUGCAUAUCCAAACACUAAGAGGGAGGAUCUUGGAGAGCAUCUUGAGCUUGAGAUUCUUCAUGUUCCAGUAUGGCAUUGUGUAUAAGCUCAAUCUUACAGGGAAAAGCACAUCACUUGCGCUCUAUGGCUACUCAUGGAUUGUAUUGGCUGCAGUUGUGAUGUUAUUCAAGCUAUUCUGGUUUAGCCCGAAAAAGUCGAGCAACAUGCUUCUGGCGUUGCGGUUUCUUCAGGGACUGGUAGCAUUGACCGUUAUCGUUCUCAUUGGCUUGGCCAUUGGCUUAACUCCUCUGUCAGUUCCCGACCUAUUUGCAAGUGUCCUCGCUUUCAUCCCCACCGGAUGGGCAUUCCUAUGUCUGGCUAUUACGUGGAGACGGUUGAUACGGAGCCUAGGCUUGUGGGAGACGGUCCGGGAAUUCGCACGCAUCUAUGACGCUGGAAUGGGAAUGAUAAUAUUUGCACCGGUAGCGUUUCUAUCAUGGUUCCCUUUCAUUUCAAUGUUUCAGUCGCGUCUUCUCUUCAACCAAGCAUUCAGCCGCGGACUCGAGAUCUCUCUUAUCCUCGCCGGAAACAGGGCCAAUGUCGAGACUUGAUCACAAAAACCCUUUACAUCGGGGGUUGGGGUUUUUAUUAUAUAUCACAAUCUGAGAAAAUAGUACGACUUGUUUCAUCUGUUAUGUAAUGUAAUGUAGUGUAAUGUUGUUUUCUUGUUCGUCUAGAAUUUCCUGAUUCUCUCUUUUAUUGGAUUUAUGACACACUGUAAUUGUUAGUCUUGCACUUUGUGAAGCUUCAGUUUACGUGUGUCUCGAGCAAAGCUUCUAAAAUUUCA